CAGAAAGCGAGCGGGAGGCUACGGGAGGCAGAGCAUCCCUGGAUCAUGGACCCUGGAGUGGCCCAAAGCAUCCUCGCCUCUGGAUACUGGAGAGCCGGAACCCUUUCCUCUCCGUGAUUUCUCUUCCUCUUGGAGUGGGUGCAGUUGAAGAUGGAGAAGAAGAAUCUGGACCUCAGUCCUUCCAUCAGUGGACUUCAUAUGAGAAAUUGCAGUGGUUACCCAAGCGCCUGCAACAUGGAGGCCAAUGUUUCCUAUGUGGAUUUUUACCUCCACCAGCCACUCAUAGCUACUAUCUUCAUCAUCUCCUACCUGUUCAUCUUCCUCUUGUGCAUGAUGGGCAAUGGAGUGGUGUGUUUCAUUGUCUUGAGGAGCAAACACAUGCGCACUGUUACCAACCUAUUCAUCUUGAAUCUGGCCGUCAGUGAUCUGCUGGUGGGGAUAUUUUGCAUGCCUACCACUUUAUUGGAUAACAUUAUAUCGGGAUGGCCCUUUGGGAAUAUUGCCUGCAAGAUGAAUGGAAUGGUCCAGGGAAUAUCCGUCUCCGCUUCUGUCUUCACUUUGGUGGCCAUUGCUGUCGACAGGUUCCGUUCUAUUGUAUAUCCUUUUAAACAAAAGCUCACCAUAUGGACAGCCAUUUUUAUCAUAGCUGUCAUCUGGAUUUUAGCCAUUGCCAUCAUGUGCCCUUCUGCUGUGAUGUUGAAGGUGGAAGAAGAAAAGCAUUUCCGUGUGGUGCUUGGUGAUGGCAACAAGACCAGUCCCGUCUAUUGGUGUCGGGAGGAUUGGCCCAACCAAGAUAUGAGGAAGAUCUACACAACUGUACUGUUUGCCAACAUCUACUUGGCACCUCUGUCUCUCAUUGUCAUCAUGUAUGCUCGGAUAGGGAUCACCCUGUUCAGUACAUCCCUACCUGCCUGUGGGAAGCAAGGGCAUGAGCGUCACUCUGUUCAGAAGAAGAAGCUGAAGGUCAUCAAGAUGCUAAUAAUUGUAGCCUUGCUUUUCAUUUUGUCUUGGCUGCCAUUGUGGACUUUGGCAAUGCUCUCAGACUAUGCUGACCUGAGUGAAAAUCAGUUGAAAAUUAUUAACAUUUAUGUCUACCCUUUUGCCCAUUGGUUGGCGUUCUUCAACAGCAGCAUCAACCCUGUCAUCUACGGGUUCUUCAAUGAGAACUUCCGCCGAGGUUUUCAAGCAGCCUUCCGGCUUCAGCUUUGCUCUGGAGAUGGAAUUCCCAGGGAAAUCUAUUCCCAACGGGGACCAAGCAAUGCCAUUUUGCCAGCAGCUGUUCCCCAGACACCAUCACACCAUCUUGCUCCCACAGUUGCAGAGCAGUCAGCUCCAAAGGGGAACUGGAUGGGCACCACCCAAGUAUUAAUGAUGGAAAGCCUGGAGAAGACUUGUAAUAAUAAUGGAGUGAAACCAGACAUGACAUAAAUUACCUUGACUGUUGGGUUGGGUAGCUUUAGUGAACUAGGCCUUCAGGCCCUAUCUGGCAAAAAAGACAUCUGCUAUUUUCAGACUUUGAUACGUGUACAUUAUAUACUUUUUGUAUCAUAUC